UGGGAACAGGAGGGAACGCCUCGCUGCGGCAAGCCAGAACCCAUGGUCAAGAUUGAGCCGGAGGACCUUGAGCCGGAGGAAGUGUGCCCGCAGCACUCCUUGCCCGUCCCCUCGCGCAAUGAGGCCCCCUCGCGCAAUGAGGCCGACCUCAAUGCUGCCAACGUGCUCAUGAGCCUGCACAUCCCACGGCUGCAAGAGAGCCACCUGGACGAGGCGAAGAGCACCGUUGAUUCGGUCAAGAUCUCUGACCUAGUAGGCUGCAGCCUCCUAACCGGUACUCCACAGCUCAUCCCCUCUGACCUGCCUGAGGCGCAGGUUGACCACAAGUGGGUCCAGACUCUGCUGGAGCACGCGUGCGACCCGUCCGACCUGCUUUGGCUGUACAACAAGUGGGGUGCGCGGCACAGCCGACAGGGGCUCCAGGAGGUCAAGCUGCGGCAUGCUUCCACCGACAAGGCACAUACGCUCGGUGACGCCGAGGCGAUCGAGUACCUCCGAGACCUUGUGGGCCCCAAGGAGUACAACCGCCUUUGUUGGAUGAGCCGCACGAACUAAACUCUUCUGUCGACGACAACGCAGCAGAUACAGAACAUCGGCUCGUAAGCUGACCAGAGCAAGCCGAGCCUCACCCCUGGUGGAGAGGGGGGGGGGGGGGGGGGAGCUGACAGAUGACGGCUUGAGUACUUGGAGCACUUGGAGUGCAGUCGGUAACCUCACAUCCAGGGCCGGGGAGCUAAGAAGCGUACCCAGCGGGCCGGAUGCAGGAUGAUCGGCAUCGGGCUACGGGCUAGAGAGCCCUGACCCCU